AUGGCAAGUGGUCAAGUGCAACUGCUGGCAGCAGACCCGGAAGUGCAGCGAGUGAGCCUCGCACCCUUGAGGCCAGAGAAGCAGGCGGCGUCUGGAAUCUGCGGUGUGCUGCAAGUGCGCAUGCGCAUAGACGGGGCCCAGAAGUUGACCCCGGCCCUGACGUUCACUUCCGGUGCAGCACUCAGAGACGGGAAGCCCAAGCAACAACACCGACCCCUCAGGUACCGAUGUUUUCAGAAACCCUCAAACAGAUUGGGUAGCGCUUCCCGGGGGGUGGGUUUCUGGGCAGGUGCCCAGACGCGCCCAGGAGCUGACCCCGGCCCUCCCGCUCACUUCCGUUCAAGCCCGCAGAGACGCGAAGCCCCCGGUCACGACGACGAACCCUCAGGUACCGAUGUUUUCAGAAACCCUCAAACAGAUUGGGUAGCGCUUCCCUGGGGGCGGGUUUCUGGGCAGGUGCCCAGACGCGCCCAGGAGCUGACCCUGGCCCUCCCGCUCACUUCCGUUCCAGCCCACAGAGACGCGAAGCCCCCGGUCACGACUACGAACCCUCAGGUACCGAUGUUUUCAGAAACCCUCAAACAGAUUGAUUGGGUAGUGCUUCCCUGGGGGCAGGUUUCUGGGCAGGUGCCCAGACGUGCCCAGGAGCUGACCCCGGCCCUCCCUCUUCCGUUCCAGCCCGCAGAGACGCGAAGCCAGUGCCAGGUCGACCACCCCUCAGCACCCCACUUCACCAAAGUACAUGCGUUUUCUCUCCUGUUAGGGGCCCUGUUUUCUGUUACAAUGGAUCGAGAUUUAGAACAGGCUCUGAAUGACACAGAGAGUAUCACUGAAAUUGCCCAACAGAGACCUCCUAGGAGGAGAUACUCACCUAGGGCGGGAAAAACUCUGCAGGAAAAACUUUAUGACAUUUAUGUAGAAGAAUGUGGAAAAGAGCCUGAGGAUCCUCAGGAAUUGAGAAGCAAUGUAAACUUGUUAGAAAAGCUUGUUAGGAAAGAGUCCUUGCCAUGUUUACUGGUCAAUCUAUAUCCAGGCAAUCAGGGGUAUUCUGUGAUGCUCCAGAGAAAAGAUGGGUCCUUUGCAGAGACCAUUCCGCUGCCUUAUGAUGAAAGGACAUUGCUCAACUACUUGGAUGCAGAAGAAUUACCCCCUGCUUUGGCCGAUGUCCUUGAUAAAGCUUCGGUUAACAUUUUUCAUAGUGGGUGUGUCAUAGUAGAAGUCCAUGACUACAGACAGUCCAGUAAUAUGCAACCUCCUGGUUAUCAAAGCAGGCAUAUUCUCCUACAUUCAGCUAUGCCGACUUUAGCCGACGAGGUGAAUACAAUGACAAGAGAUGUCCAGAAAUGGAGCCAGGAAGACAAAUUUCCACUUGAGAGUCAACUGAUCUUAGAGACAGCUGAACCACUGUGUCUCGAUCCUUCUGUAGCAGUCGCCUGUUCUGCAAACAGGCUGCUGUAUAACAAGCAAAGGAUGAAUACCGACCUGAUGAAACAGUGCCUCCAGAGGUAUUCGUGGCCCUCUGUAAGGUCACAGCAGGAGCAGUCUGACUGUCCACCUCCUCCUGAGCUGACAGUGUCGACUUCUGGCCAAAAAGAAGAAAGAAAAGCAGGUCAGCCUUGUGAGCUGGACAUUGCUAAAGCAGGAAGUUGUGUAGACAUGUGGAAACAGAGAUCCUGUGAUUUGGCCAUGCCUUCGGAAGUGGAUGUGGAGAAACUUGCUAAAGGGUGUCAGCCCGUCACAGCUGCUGAGCCAAAGCUCCCAGUCUGGCCAGCCCAGGAGGUAGAAGACCUUUUCGGAUUUGCAUGGGAAGCUGGCUCUCAGGCCUGGGACACCGAGCCAAACAUCAUGCAGUCAUUUAAUGAUCCGUUUUUCUGUGAUGAAAUACAGCCCCAUAAAAAAGCCAGGCAGAAGAGCCAGAAGUCUCCCUGGCAGCCCUUCCCAGAUGACCAUUCAGCUGGUCUCAGGCCUGGGUCAGAGACUGAUGCUGGGAGGGCAGUGAGUCAGGCCCAGGAAUCGGUGCAGAGCAGAGUCAAAGGUCCAGGCAAGAUGUCACACAGCUCCAGUGGCCCAGCCGGUGUCAGUCAGCUCUCUUCAUGGAAAACACCAGAACAGCCUAAGCCUGUGUGGGUCCAGUCUUCAGUACUGGGGAAGGGAGAGAAAUAUCCACCUCUCUGCACCCAACUUCCCUCAAGCUCAGGAAAGAUUUUCUCAAGUAACAGUUUUCCCCCACAACAGGCAGGCAGCUCUCUUAAGCGUCCAUUUCCUGUGGCUGCAGCAGCUGCUGCUGCUGCUGCUACUCCUGCUCCUCCUGCUCCUCCUCCUCCUCCUCCUCCUCCUCCUCUUCCUCCUCCUCCUCCUCCUCCUCCUCCUCUUCCUCCUCCUCCUCCUCCUCCUCCUCCUCCUCCUCCUCCUCCUCCUCCUGCUGCUGCCGCUGCUGCUUCUGCAGCGGCAGCAGCACCAAGUCAUUCUCAGAAGCCCUCUGUGCGUCUCAUUCAAGCUAGCAGGCCCCGUCCUGCUGCCCGGCCCCCAACCAGAUUCGUAAAAAUAGCCCCAGCCAUUCAGGUCAGGACAGGCUCCACUGCCCUGAAGGCCAUCAACGUGGAGGGCCCAGUCCGCAGAGCCCAGGCUUUGGGUAGCAGUUUCAACCUUGUGCAGGCCUCUGGCUUGGGUGGCCUGGCUCCUGCGGGAAUCAGUGGCAGUGGCCUUCAGUCCUCAGGAGGUCCACUACUAGAUGCAAGGCCCAGUGCAGCACAGGCAUCUUCUCAAGCACCCCUUCAGUUUUUCCUAAAUACUCCUGAAGGUCUCAGGCCCCUGACACUCCUCCAGGUUCCACAGGGAUCCAUGGUUCUGACCGGCCCGCAGCAGCAGUUCCAUCAGCUGGUUUCCCUGCAGCAGCUCCAGCAGCCCACAGCUGCUCACCGUCCUCAGCCAGGGCCACAGGGUUCCGCACUGGGUUUGAGCACUCAAGGGCAGGCCUUCCCUGCUCAGCAACUUCUUAACGUGAACCCCACUGGAGCAGGUAGUGGUCUACAGCCCCAGCCCCAGGCAGCUGUGUUGGGUCUACUUGGCUCUGCCCAGGUUCCUCAGCAGGGUAUCCAGCUCCCCUCUGUCUUGAGGCAGCCACAGCCGCUGCAGCCACAACCACAGCCACAGCGACAGCCAAUCCAGCUCCAGACGCAGCAGUUGAGAGUCCUACAGCAGCCAGUGUUUUUGGUAACAAGCAUUGUUCAGAUAGUGCAGCCACAUCCAGGUGGGCAAGCAGCGAGCCAGUCCGUAGUUCAGACGAAGGGAGGCAAGCCAACCCCUCCAGCGCCCUGA